AAAGUUUCACGCUCUCGCAAGAACCCAAAAUUUCCGUUGAGCGCAAGCAGUUGCUACUCACUGCUGCUUGAACAUCGGGACCAGCGCCGGCAGUUGGCUUUCUUUUCUUUUCUUGACUUUCUCUAUCUUAAUUUCGUGGCGAAAAAAAAUGCUGGUCCUCUACGAAACCUCGCUAGGGUACUGUCUCUUCAAGGUCACCGACUCUCAAAAAGCCUCGAGCGAGAAUGUAUGGGAGGAGUUUGAGACGCCUGAGCAGGCGAACAAAUUCCUGAAGCUCAAGUCCCUCCAUCGCUUCACCUCUACUGCUACCGCUGUGGAGGAAAUUACUGCCAUCCAGGAAGGCAAGCUCGGAAAGGGCCUGAAGCAGUUCCUUUCGGAUGAGAUCGUAAACAAGGGCAAGGGCAAGGGCAAGGAGCAGCUGCUGGUCGCCGACCCCAAGCUCGGUUACUCGAUCACUAAGAAGCUUGGAAUCAAGGUGAUGUCGGGCAGCAUCGAGGAAGCAUACACGGAGAUGUUCCGUGGAAUUCGUGCGCAACUUGCUACUCUCCUCGAUGGCCUUGACCCGAAGGAUCUCGCGACCAUGAGCUUGGGUCUUAGUCACUCACUAUCACGGUUCAAGCUCAAGUUUUCCCCUGACAAAGUUGACACUAUGGUUGUCCAAGCUGUCGCGCUUUUGGAUGACCUUGACAAGGAAAUAAACAUUUACGCCAUGCGUGUCAAGGAAUGGUACGGAUGGCACUUUCCAGAACUUGCCAAGAUUAUUGUCGACAACCUGGCGUACGCGAAAGUCAUCAAGGCAAUGGGCUUCCGUACAAACGCUGCUAUUACCGACUUCUCUGCCAUUCUUCCUGAGGAUCUCGAGGCGACGGUGAAAGCCGCUGCGGAAAUAUCUAUGGGUACUGAGAUUUCAGAAUCAGAUAUCGCGCACAUACACACCCUCUGCGACCAAGUCAUUGCUAUCACUGCCUACCGCCAGCAGCUCGCAGAGUACCUCCGCAACCGUAUGAACGCGAUUGCGCCUAACCUGACAGCACUUGUUGGCGAGCUCGUCGGCGCGCGCCUCAUUAGCCACGCCGGUAGCUUACUGAGCUUAGCAAAGCAUCCAGCGUCCACUGUCCAAAUUCUUGGUGCCGAGAAGGCACUCUUCCGUGCGUUAAAGACCAAACACGACACACCCAAGUAUGGUCUCAUCUACCACGCUUCUCUCAUUGGUCAGGCACCACCAAAGCUGAAGGGGAAGAUGGCUCGUAUGGUCGCUACAAAAGCCGCGCUUUCAAUACGUGUGGAUGCUCUCACAGAUACGGACGGCAAGUCCGAGCCAACAGCCCCUUCAAUCGGUAUUGAAAACCGCGCCAAGCUUGAGGCGCGUCUCCGUGCACUUGAGCAGGGCAGCGACGCUGCUGGUGUUCGUGCAGCGCGCACAGGUCCAAAGCAGUCGAAGUUCCAGAUGCGGGGCGAGACAUCGACAUAUAACACCGCUGCGGAUGCUGUCGACCUCAUGCCAACACAGCGUGAACCCAUGGAGACGGCUCUUCAAGCAGCAUUAGACGUGAAGGCGGAGAAGAAGAAGAAGAAGAAGGAAGAGAAGAAAAAGAAGAAGGCGGAGAAGGCGAACGUAGAGGCAGAGGCGGAUGAGGACGAGGACGAGAAUAAGAUGGAUGUGGAUAGUGAGGUGAGUCCGAAGAAGCGGAAAGACAAGCAUGAGGGCGAGACCGAAGAGGAGCGCAAGGCGAGAAAAAAGGCCAAAAAGGAGGCCAAGGCGGCUGCGCAGGCCAACGGCGACACAUCAGGGGAACCAUCAAAGAAGAAGCGUCGAAAGUCCGAGGCGUAGCACGGUGCUCUUAGGUGUCUAUCUAUCUAUCGUACUCUCUUGCUGCAUGUACAUUCUGUCGCAUAUUCCUCAUGUUCUCGUCUUUACGCGCACACAUGAAACGACACCGG